CGCUGGGUCCUAUGCUUUAUUUCCGGCCAGAGAGGAGUGUUUGGUUUCCCAAGCGGCCCCGGAGGCCUUUAGGUUCCCUCGUUCCUGGCUUCUGUUGAGGCGCCUCUACUUCGAACUCUGGUAUCGGUUCUCGCCGGGUACCCCGACCGCACUCCAACGCCGCCAGCAUGUCUGGGGUGCGUGCUGUACGGAUCAGCAUCGAGUCGGCCUGCGAGAAGCAAGUCCAGGAGGUGGGCCUGGAUGGCACCGAGACUUACUUGCAGCCGUUGUCCAUGUCGCAGAAUCUGGCGCGUCUGGCCCAGCGGAUCGACUUCAGCCAGGGUUCGGGCUCCGAAGAGGAGGAGGCAGCGGGGGCGGAGGGCGACGCGCAAGAUUGGGCGGGCGCUGGGUCCAGCGCAGACCAGGAAGACGAGGAAGGGUUGGUAAAAUUUCAGCCUUCCUUGUGGCCUUGGGACUCAGUGAGGAACAAUUUGAGAAGUGCCCUGACAGAAAUGUGUGUUCUCUAUGAUGUUCUCAGUAUUGUCAGGGAUAAAAAGUUUAUGACUCUUGAUCCAGUCUCUCAGGAUCCACUUCCUCCAAAACAGAAUCCUCAAACAUUGCAGCUGAUAUCUAAAAAGAAGUCACUUGCUGGAGCAGCACAAAUCCUAUUGAAAGGGGCAGAAAGAUUGACUAAAUCAGUUACUGAAAACCAAGAAAAUAAGCUACAAAGAGACUUCAACUCUGAACUCUUGAGAUUAAGGCAACACUGGAAACUUAGAAAAGUUGGAGAUAAAAUUCUUGGUGAUCUGAGCUACAGAAGUGCAGGAUCUCUUUUUCCCCAUCAUGGAACAUUUGAAGUAAUAAAGAAUACAGAUAUUGAUUUGGAUAAGAAGAUACCAGAAGAUUACUGUCCCCUUGAUGUCCAAAUUCCUAGUGAUUUAGAAGGAUCUGCGUAUAUCAAGGUGUCAAUUCAAAAACAGGCUCCAGACAUAGGUGAUCUUGGCACAGUUAACCUCUUCAGACGACCUUUGCCUAAGUCCAAACCAGGUUCCCCACAUUGGCAGACGAAAUUAGAAGCGGCACAGAAUGUUCUCCUGUGUAAAGAAAUUUUUGCACAGCUGUCUCGGGAAGCUGUUCAAAUUAAAUCACAGAUCCCUCACAUUGUGGUGAAAAACCAGAUUAUCUCUCAGCCCUUUCCAAGCUUGCAGUUAUCUAUUUCUUUGUGCCAUUCCUCAAAUGAUAAGAAAUCCCAAAAGUCUGCUACUGAGAAGCAAAGUCCUGAGGACCAUCUUUAUGUCCUAGAACAUAAUUUGCAUCUACUGAUUAGAGAGUUUCAUAAACAGACUUUGAGUUCCGUCAUGAUGCCUCAUCCAGCAAGUGCACCUUUUGGCCACAAGAGAAUGAGACUUUCAGGUCCUCAAGCUUUUGAUAAAAAUGAAAUUAAUUCAUUACAGUCCAGUGAAGGCCUUCUGGAAAAAAUAAUUAAACAAGCAAAGCAUAUUUUUCUGAGGAGUAGAACUGCUGCAACCAUUGACAGCUUAGCAAGUCGCAUAGAGGACCCUCAGAUACAGGCUCACUGGUCAAAUAUUAAUGAUGUUUAUGAAUCUAGUGUGAAAGUUUUGAUCACAUCACAAGGUUAUGAACAAAUAUGCAAGUCCAUUCAGCUGCAAUUGAAUAUUGGAGUUGAACAGAUCCGAGUUGUACACAGAGAUGGAAGAGUAAUUACACUGUCUCAUCAGGAGCAUGAGCUACAGGAUUUUCUUCUGUCUCAGAUGUCACAGCAUCAGGUGCAUGCAGUUCAGCAGCUGGCUAAGGUUAUGGGAUGGCAAGUACUAAGCUUUAGUAAUCAUGUGGGACUUGGUCCUGUAGAGAGCAUUGGCAAUGCCUCCGCCAUAACAGUGGCCUCUCCAAGUGGUGACUACGCCAUUUCAGUUCGUAAUGGCCCUGAAAGUGGCAGCAAGAUCUUGGUUCAGUUUCCCCGUAACCAGUGUAAAGACCUUCCAAAAAGUGAUGUUUUACAAGAUAGCAAAUGGAAUCAUCUUCGUGGACCAUUCAAAGAAGUUCAGUGGAAUAAAAUGGAAGGUCGAAACUUUGUUUAUAAAAUGGAGCUGCUUAUGUCUGCACUUAGCCCUUGUCUACUAUGAUUUUUCCCAGAGCAGUAAGAAACUUUGACUUGUGAUAUUUGCAGCAUUAACUAUAAGCACAAGGAAGAAAAAGCUCCCAAAGGAGUAUUGUUUUAAAAAAGUAGCACAUGUUUACCCAACAUUUUGAAACUUUUCACUUUAUAAGUGACAAGGGUUUGAAAUACAGAAAUUUCUCUAUGGUUAUAGUGUGAGUUAGUAUGGGGAGAUGUAAAAUAAUGCAUUUUUUUGUUCAAUUAACUUGAAAAUGUUGUGAUUUUGCUUUUUAAAAUAUUUGUUCUUGUCUUUGAUGUUGACAUCAAAGUGCGUGGUUAAAAAUCUCCAGAUACUUUCUGAACUCUCAACACCACCAAUUGUGUCUUUAAUCAACUGGCCUUAUUCUACUGUUAGUGAAAAGGAUUACUUAACAUUUAAACACUAUGACCAAGCAAGCUUUCAUAUGGAAAUCAAUUAUACCCAGAGGACUUUUCCCUGAAAUGAAACAAACUAUAUGCCAGCAUAGGGGACCUUUCCUCCCCUCUGUACCAGAGCUACAAAAGCACGUUCCUUUUGUAGCUUUAUACACACCCCAGUAUGUUUUCUUUAUACAUGUCCCAUUAUGAUCUAAACGUAUACUUUGAGAACUAACACAGAAAGGACCAGUGGAAGGCAUAAUUGAGAAGUAGGCAGAUUGUAUCUUAGGGCUUGUGUCCCUUUUUGAUUUGUUCUUCCACUUCACUUCCCAUGAUACACUUUAGUCUGUAUUCAUCCUAGCCCUCCCUAUGGCCUUCUCUUCUCCAAUUUCUACCUAGUGGCCCUGGAUUGCUUCCUUCAGUUAGUCUUUUGUCCUGUCUUAUUCCAUCAGCACUCAGUUAUUUCAGAAAGAAAAUACUAAUGGAUUACAUUUUCCUGGGUAACAUGUUUAUUCCUUGGAAAUAGUGCCUCAAACCUCAAGUGUGCCUGAGGAAUUUCCAUUAGUGAGAUAAAAGAUUUAGUCUCACGGGCCUUUUGGUACCACAGAAAAUCAUAUCGUGUAAGUGGUGACAUUUUAAUAAUUUAUAAGAUGACUGUGUGCGGUAAUAAAAAAAAAAUGGGCUGAGGAGGGGGCAGUGCUUUUGUUUUUCUCCACCUUUUUUGUUUUUUUAACACCACCACCCCCAUCUGAUAAAAAAUACUGCAUAUUUCUAUUCAUGAAAAUUAAAAGAAUUGGUAUGAAUCUGCAAUUAUUUAAAAAUCUUUAGUUCUUAAAAACUAUGAUGGCUUACAAAAUUUGCCUUGGUUAAUUGUACUAGGCUAAUCUGUACAAUUUUAUUCAAAUGAGAAAUCACAGGAUUUCAAAGGCUCAUGCUGUAAUAAAGUGCAACUCAAACUUUCAGUGAAGAAUCAGAUUUUGUUUUUUUUUAAAUUCCAUCCAUUGCAGAUUGAUACUUUGAUAAAAUUUUUAAAAGUACUAGAAAAAUUUUUAAAAAGAUAAAAAAAUCAUUAUUUAAUAAACAUAAAAUUACUGUUAAAUUGAUCUAAAAACAUCUAAAAUUUCUGAAUGCUUUAUUUUCUGUUUCUAUGCUUAUCUUGUCAUGGACCAGUAAGUAGCUCUGCUGAGAAUACAUGAUAGAUAUUACCUCCUGUUCUUUUUACUCCAUCUGACUAGAGUGGGAUAGCUGAAGAUGGUCAUGAUCUUCAUGUCUUCCUUUUUCCAUUGUUUUAAGUCAUUGUUAGUGCUUAGCCAUUAUCCACUUAAAGAAUAUCAGAAACUAAAUAUGGGGACGGGGGAUGGCAGCUUAAUUGCUUUGCCAGCUUCUCUUGUCCCUUUUGGUUUAUUUACCUUUCCCAACUUACCAUUUCAACCUGAAUUACCUGGGGUUGGAUGUGCUGUGGAACUUGAGAGGCAGGUUGGAGAAAAUCAGGUAGUUCCUCAGUUGGCAAAACAGCCAAAUUUGAAUCUUGGCUCUACUGUGAGCUUGGCAAGGUUACCUCUCUGAAUCUGUGUCCUUAAGUAUAAAAUGAGGACAAAGAUGCUGCCUGGGCUAACCUCAAAGGUGGUUCAAAGGUAUCAGUAUGGUUGAAAAUUCUAAAGGGUUAUGCAAAUGUAAACCAUUAAGCAAUUAUUUUCUAAGGGUCAAGCCAAUUAGAAGUUGGCAAAGACACCAGCUAUAUAUUUAUCACUAGGAGAAAGCAUUUCAGAAUGUCCUAUAUUCAGAUUUUCAGAUGUUUUGUAUAUGAUGAAGACAGAGUUGUUUUGUGUGUAUGAAGAUUUUAAGUUUUGCCAUUCGUAUUUAAAGCCAUGCUCUCUUCUGGCUCUCUCUAUACUCUUUGCUUUAGUUUUUAAUCUGCCUUACUGUCUUUAAACUUCCCUACUCCUGUUCAUCCUUGAUGUUUUAUCUAACUUGGAGCUAAAGCUCUUUGAAUCUCACUGUAGAAUGGGCUUUGUUGAGGCAGUUCACAACUGCAAGUACUACUGAGACGACAGUAACUCUAACUUUGACAUUCUGCAGCUUGCUUUUUUCUAUCUGCAAGCUCACCUCUAGAAAUUUAUCCUAUAGAAUACUUGCACAGAUUCACAAACAUCUUUGUGCAAGGAACAUUGAGGCAGUCUGUAAAAGUGGAAAUAAUAUGAGGGCAAUCUAAAUGUCCUGCAAUAGGAGAAUGGCUCAAUAAAUUAUAGUAGAGGAACACCAGAUGCAGGCACUCAUUUUUAUUUCUCUAAAAGUAGAGCUCAAAUGGCUGAGGACUUUUUCUACUCCCGUUAUUCUGGCUCCCCUUGCCUAACAACCAGAACAACUUCCAUGUUAUACUCUCUUCAUUUCCCUUUUUAACGAUCAUGAUUGAGCCUCUUGCUGUUAUGGAAAUAUUUGUUGUCACAGAACAGACCGUUUUCAACUUGAAACUUGAUGGAUGAGGGAGAAGUUUGAGAUAUAAAAAUAACAUAGAAUCGAUAAUUUAGUGAGGAUGCCAAGGAUAUGAUGCCAGUGGCAGAAUCUUCUCUUUCCCCCAAAUCUCUAUUCUUGAUUCUUCUUUUAACUUUCUUUGCCAGGAAAGAUCCUUGGAACCCUAGGAGACAGUAAUGGGCACUUGUGAUCUGUGUUCAGUGUCUGAAGAAUUCCUUAUGGAAAUCUUACAUUUACCCUCUCUAAAGCCUGACCAUCAGGUUUCUUUGCCAGGACACCAUCAAUCAGUGUGAUACCUCUGGUUAGCUUAUGAGGAUCGAGAAUUUUAAUUGGCACUUAUGUCUUGUUGAAUAAAAACAGGAAACUGAAUUACUAUAUAAUAAACUCACUUUACCUAGUAGGAAAUAUCCUUUCAAAACAUGAGCUACCUGAGGGGAAAAUACUGAAAGGAACAGAACUACCUGAGCAACCACUGGUCUGUUGGAUUAAAGGAAUUUACCUAUAUGUGUUGCUGUUUAUCAGAUUAAAUCUAGAAUAGAUUCAUUUUUCAUUAGCAAGCUUCUCUCCCCCACCCCCAAACAUUCAAUCUCUGAUAAAUUUUACAUAAAAGCUUCAUGUGCCAAACCCACCAAUAUUCUUACAAAACAUUGACUGAAUUCCCUGAAAGAGGAAGAGAUUCAUAGGAGAUAGAGUUGAAUGCAUUAGUUCAUAACAAGAGGAAGCCAUCUUGAUUGAAGGCACUAGUCUGAUGUGAUAGAAAGUGUGCCCAAGAUUUUUAUUUAUGAGUAUAUCAUGUGGAAUAAAAAAUAAUUUUCCAGUAAACAAACAAUUAUAAUGUAUCCAUGCUAUGGAUUGUAUUGUAAAGGCAUUAAAAAGAAUGAAGCUUAGGAUGGGUAGAGACACAAAUUCCAAAGAUACACUAGGAAAACAAGCAAGUUGUAGGAUGAUAUGUAUAAUAUAAUCCCAUUUGCUAACAAGAAAAUUGUGUGUGUGUAAAUAUAUAUAUAUAUGUUAUGUAUAUAGACAAUAUGUUCAUAUAUACAUAGGCAGGUCUAGAAGAUACACGCCAAAUUCAACCAUUGUCUCCUCUGGGGAAUAGGGUUGAGGAAGAAGGGAGAAUGUUUACUUUGUAUAUAGAUUUAAGUAGCAUUUGAAUUUUAAUAAAGGAUGUGUCACUAAUGUCAUUAAAGCAAACCAAAACUACCUACCUUAUUUAAAGGCAGUUGAAAUAGUUACCUCAGCAACUAUGAUUUCCUUCUCAAGGAUUGGAAGACUAACAGCUGGGAUAGAAAUUGAAUGGAAGUUGAGUUAUGGGUUGAAAUGGGAACCACAACCAUGGGGAUUUGUUUUGCUUUUAAUAACCAUAGGCUUGUCUGAUGCUUCUCUGGUAACUGAGCAGAAAAAAAUCUAUGCUGGAUAUGUAAAAGCUGAUGACAGCAAGGUUUCCCUUUUCUCCAAAAUCCCUCCCAAGUUGUCAAGGAGACUGAAUUUCAGUCAAAUCGAAGAGGAAGUGCGUUUUGAGUCACAUCCCUGGGUAACACAUUUUGUUACUCCGUCUUCAUCACCCAGCAUUCUAUUCUGCCACCUCUUCCUCUACCCAUUGUUACCUUCUUACAUAGUUUUUCUAAAUUGUAGCCUCUGCAUUCCUGCACUGGGCAAGAUGUUGGAAUAACUGUUAUCUCUCACUGCCUUUCUCCUUGCCAUUGUGUGAUAUUUUGAAUCAGAAUAAGGGUGAGGUGCUCUCUCAGUUUUAAUCCUUUUAUAUAGGCUUCAAAGGAUACAAGUUCUCUGUUUUAGUACUUGCCGAGAUCACCAUGAUAUGAGAAAGUACAAUGUAUGCCAUUUUGGUUUCUUAGAUCAUAAUCCCCAAGAGGGCAUUCUUUUGACAAAGCACAUAUAUUCUGUAGGGCAUCUUAUGUACCACUGAACUAAAUGGACAAUUGUCCUGUCCUAGUUUCAGCCCUUCCCAGAAGUAGGAAGGAAGGACUCAAAUUACAAUUAAUAUUCUGAAAACAAAUUUCAAAUUGGCUCCUGGCUACAAUGCAGGGGAGAACGAUGGUGCUAGCAAGGUGCUGUUUUUCUGAAUUACUGAAGAAUGAGUCUAGUUAGAACCAAUGAGAUUAGUUCCAUUGUUAUUUGAAACAUGCCAGACCCAUGGUUGUGGCCAGGUUUUUGCUUAUGCCUGGAGCCUGUGCUGUCAGUUGAUUCACACAGAAAGAACCAGGGCUUUAUUUUCAGGUUUUAUGUCAUUCUUUAAAACAA